AUGGCGGCGGGCUCCGACCUGCUCGCGGAGGAUUCUCUCAUUAAAAGUGUGGGCGAGAAACUUUUUAACGACGCCGUUGGUCGUGUUGGAGACGAGCGUAGAAGAUUUUAUCGCAUUAACUCCGAGCGAAGAGCCAGGGCUCACGAAGUAGAGAUCGGGACGACGACAGCGCAAACUUUUGACGGAGGCAAUGCAAUGGAUUCGCAUGCAGAAAGCGACACGCCAGUGUCGGGUAGCUCGUCCAGUGGAGCCUUCCCUACCGUCCCGGUUAAUAACGGGCCUGGACUGGCGAAAGGACACGCGCAUGUGAGCGGACCUGCAAGUUCAAGCACAGUUAUUCAGACGGCUUUCGGAAAUCCACAGAGCGGCGUGGCGGUGUCGGCGGCGGGGAGCGCACCUACCGUGACAGUUGUCAGGCCAUCUAUGCAAACUGCGAUUAACGGGAAUAAUAAUCCUGUUUUGACGACGGCGACGAAUGUAGCUAAUCAGCCCGAGCCGGCGGUGGCAGGAAUAACUCCGCAGACUUUACUCCUGAGCAACCAGGCUCCCGCCGCCGCGGGUGCAGGGGCGCUCACCAAGUCCGAUCCGCCCAAAACCAUUAUUCAAACCACAGUUCAGACAGCGUCGCCAGGUGACGCCGGUAAAACGGGCAACAUGACUCUCAGUCAGCCACUGCAAAGUUCUCCCGGGGUGGCCAAGGGGACAGUUUUGCAGGGAGUAGCGAGGACUGGCGCUCCGGCGAGCGUCGCAUCCAGCCCGGGGACUGCCAGAGCCAUUGCGCCACAACAGGUGCUGGCUCCUCGUCUUCCCCACGGCACCCCGGGGCAGCCCAACAUACAGAAUAUCCAGCUACCUCCAGGUAUGGUGCUCGUGCGCAGCGAGGCUGGCCAGUUGUUGAUGAUCCCUCAGCAGGUGUUGGCUCAGGUGCAGGCUCAGAUGCAGGCCACACGCUCUACCACACCGGCUAGCUCCGCACCCGGCCAGCUCACCACCCAGGCCCCCAGCACUCCUGUUAUGGUCAGACCCGUACCACACACCAUCAUCAAACAGGCUUCCUCCGCUAGCAGCAGCCCAGCGACCACCACGCUCCAGAGACCUCCUGCGCAGCCACCCUCUGUGGGGUCUGUGCUCACAGUGCAGCCAAGUGCCGCCCAGAGGUUGGUACCGUCCGUCGCGGGAACCGGCGUCACGAGGGUAAGAACGGAGGAGACGAUGGAGAAUGUGAAGAAGUGCAGGAACUUCUUGUCUACUUUGAUAAAACUGGCCACCAGCGCCAAGCAGUCAUCACAAACCGCCGCAAACGUCAAAGACCUGGUCAAGAACUUGCUGGAGGGCACUCUGGAAGCGGAGGACUUCACCAGCAGGCUGUACAAGGAGCUCAACUCCUCUCCUCAGCCGUACCUUGUGCCUUUCCUGAAGAGGAGUCUUCCCGCUCUGAGACAGCUCACCCCGGACUCAAACAGCUUCAUCCUUCAGAGUCAGGGCCUCCAAACCAAGCCUGCCGCCGCCCCACUGGUGGGCACCACGUCUGCCCCUGGCCCCGUCCCUCCAGCUGCUACUGCCCCACCCACCUCCACCGCUCCACGCCCCCUCGUCCCCCCUGCCUCGGUGUUGCAGUCUCUGCAGCAGGGGGCGAUAGUGAAGCCCCCUCAGGUUACCCUGACGACCACUCCCAUGGUAACGCUCAGGGGACAGUCCCACGGUCGCCUCGAUGUGGGACAGCCUCCCGUGCAGCUCAAACAGCUACAGACAGUGGCUCUGAAGGGUUUGGUCAGUGCUCCUGUGGCUCUCACUACGGUGGCUCAGAAAAACAAGUUAAAGGACGCUGCUGGUGGGACCUUUCGGGACGAUGAUGACAUUAACGACGUGGCGUCCAUGGCUGGCGUGAACCUGUCUGAGGAGAGCGCGCGGAUCCUAGCCACCAACUCUGAGCUGGUGGGGGCAGUGACCCGCUCCUGCAAGGACGAAGCCUUCCUGGCAUCAGGCUUGCUACAGCACAAGAUACUGGACAUAGGUAAGCGCUUUGGGGUCACGGAUCUGGGGCCGGAGGUCGUGAAUAUCGUGUCUCAUGCGACUCAGAACAGACUGCAGAACCUUCUGGAGAAGGUUUCGAUCAUCGCCCAGCAGAAGAACAUGACCUAUAAGGAGGACGGGCGCUUCGAGCAGGUGACUGAUGUUCGCGCUCAGCUGAAGUUCUUUGAGCAGCUGGACCAGCUGGAGAAGCAGAGGAAAGAAGAACAGGAGAGGGAAAUCCUUAUGAAGGCAGCAAAGUCUCGGUCACGGCAAGAAGAUCCAGAACAGCUGCGAUUAAAACAAAAGGCCAAAGAGAUGCAGCAGCAGGAGUUAGCUCAAAUAAGACAGAGAGAUGCCAACCUAACGGCGCUGGCUGCCAUUGGUCCCAGAAAAAAAAGGAAAUUGGACUCGGCUGCUUUUGGCACUGAUGCAGAGGGUUCUGGGUCACUGGCGGCAAGCGCGUCCGCGAGUUUGAGUGGUGGAGCGUCGAGGCCGUUCACCCGUCAGCGCAUCACGCGCGUGAACCUCAGGGAUCUGCUCUUCUGCCUGGAGAACGAGAGAGCAAGCAGCCAUUCGCAGCUCCUCUACCGAGCACUGCUCAAAUAGCAACUCGAAUGCAGCGCAGUGCCCAAACAGCAGCUUAAACGCCGAGCGGUGCUCCGAUAAUAGCUUGACGAUGGUGCGGUGCUCGGCUGUCUGCGUUAACUACGGAGCAGUGCUGGACUGCAGGACCGCGAUCAGACUGCAGCACUCGAAGAACAUCUCAAACCGCUGGGUGCAGCUCAAAGGCUCGGGCGGAAGUAAGACCUGCAGCCUGACUCUGCUGCUCCGUCUCCGUCCACCUUGUUGCGCGCUGGUCUCUCCGCUGCCUCUCUGCUCUCGGCGGUCGCCGUUGUUUUUGCGUCUGCCUACCGCUCGUGUCCUCCACGCACUCGCUAACAUUCACACACAUGCUCUUCCCUCUUUUUUUUUUUUUUUUUCUCUGCUUCUCUCAGCUGUCUCUUGUUUGUGUUGUUUUUAAGCUUCCUUCAACUUUGGUUUUACUUUAUUGAAAAUGUUUUUAAAAAUUGCAGUUAUAUAGCAAAUGUUUUUUUUCUGAGGGUGGCUUUGUAAUGUGCAAAUUACCAAUGUAAAAAAAGAUUAUACAAUGAAAUGAAACUGCCCAUUCAUUUUGUAUUUGUGUUUUUAUAAAAAGAGGUUUUAAGAAAUUAAAGUUGUCAAUUUCUAUAAAA